AUGGGAGCGCGCCAACGGGAGAGCGUGUCCGCGCUUUGCAGGAGAAGUUUGCUGUGCACGGUUCUGCUGCUGUGGAUCAGCGCGGCCGCGGACGGGACCUGGAAGACGGGACUUUACAAGACCUACUCUGCAGCCUCCCACACCUCCGUCUACCAGAAGAGGAACUGGUGUCCUCAUACGGUCACCAAGACAGUGACGUGCCAGGUGCAGAACGGGACACUUCUCCAGCGAGUCUACCAGACAUGCCGCUGGCCACAGGGAUGUACGGGAGGGAGCUACAGGACCGUUGUUAGACCUUCCUACAAAGUUGUGUACCGCACAGUGACGUCUCUGGAGUGGAAAUGCUGUCCAGGAUUCAGCGGCGCUGCCUGUGAAGAAGAUAUUAGAGUAGAACACCAGGGGAAAGAGCACCUGGGCCGAGCAGAGCCAGACCGGGCCAGACAAAGGAGGAACCAGCUUGUUGCCCAGGAGGCUGUGAGGAAACCAUCAACGCUACGCCGGCCGCCUGCACGCACAGGAGAAGCAACCUCUAGCUGUCUGAACUGCAGCAGAAUCACAGCUCUGAGUGACAGGCUGAACUCGGUGGAGGCGAAGGUCCAAUUACUCAAUGCCCCAUCCUCCAUAUCGCAUCGCCACCCUCAGGGUAAAGGAGAAACUGCACCAGAGGCCUCAUCCCUAAUUGGGGCUGCGCCCGCUCAGGGGGCUCCUGGUGAGCAGGGACCUGCAGGUCCUCACGGUGAAAAGGGGAGAGAUGGGCUUCCUGGCAGAGAUGGGAAGUUAGGGUCUCGGGGGCUGCCAGGUCCCAGUGGGCCUCGGGGGGAGGCCGGGGCAAGGGGCCCAUCUGGAGCCCCCGGAUCAAAGGGAUCCCACGGACAAGCAGGUCCCCGUGGUCCAUCAGGACUCCCAGGAGACAGGGGUCUACCAGGGCCGCCUGGGGCUCCAGGGCCUCCAGCACCAGCCAGUGCCCACAUCCCAGAGCCAGACAAUGCUCGCAGAAAAGACCUCUUCUACACCAACACAUUUCAUGACUCACGAGGGUCGCCCGUUCCAGGACCUCAGGGCCCCGCCGGUCCUGUCGGUCCCUCAGGUCCCAAAGGCCCAGUAGGACCUCCUGGUCCACCAGGACAGAAUGGUAAAUCUGGAGUUGCUGGAAUACAGGGCCCUGUGGGGCCAAAAGGAGAGCGUGGGGAGAGAGGUCCUUUAGGUUACCAAGGAGAGAGGGGCUUCAGAGGCGAGUCGGGAACACCAGGUCUUAAAGGAGAGCCAGGAGAGAAGGGCUUGCCGAGCAAUCUAAAUGGGGACGGAAUACAUCAGAUCAGAGAGGCGCUGAAGAUCUUAGCCGAGAGGGUUUUAAUCCUCGAGACUAUGAUCGGUAUUCAUGAGCCUGAUCUAGGGUCUGGGGAUGGACCGUUUGGCACAGCCAUCCCUAGUUUCUACCGAGGUAAACGAGCAGGUGCGCUUCCAUAUCGACUCGCUUCUCCUCUGUCCUCCGACACCAAGGUUCGAGGGAAGUAGCCCCCACCCCCCCGCUCACCCUGAGGAUCACGGGCUGGGUUGAAAUCCCCCUCCUAUAGGUCUCAUCGGCACUCAACAGAUUUAGACCGUAUCUGAUACCGUCAGAUUUAGGAUGGGGGGGGCACACCUCAGGGAAACUCCACUGAUACUCCACAAUACUCCUCUAUCGGGAACUGGAGAACUAGUUUGACCCCCCACCUCCCCACCUGUUGCCAUAACUACACUCUUUAUCUAUACACAAUACACCCAGCAGCCCCCUCUCUGUGUCUCAUUUUCUUUGGCUAAAGAACUGAAGCCUCAGAUCAUGUUUGAAAAAGGAAAAUCUGAUGUGCUCCUCGAGUACACACAGUUCUGGACAAUAAGGGUCAUUUAGAGUAAUAAUUUGAAGGAGGAAUCAGAUGUGAGCAAAGAGACUGGAUUUGAUUUUCUAAUGCUUUCUCUAUGUAACUGCAACCUGACGAGAUUCCAUUAUUUAAGUGUAUUCAGCAUGUGCAGUUUGCAGGACACAAUUACAUAAACAAACCUCUUCUUCUAGUAUUCAUUUUUGUUAUACUUCUAUCAUAUUGUUUAACUCAAUGUUAUCUAGUGCACUAAAAAAUGAAGUCAUCUCUCCUCUAACUGAGAUACAUGUUGCUGACAGUGAUUUGUGGUUUUCUGGUGUGAGUGUUUUUCCCCCUUGAAGUCAACACUGAUGAAGUGGUUCAAUAAACAAUAAUAUAUUUGCAUUUAAUCUUUGCAAAUGCACAAAUAUUAGCAUUUGAAUUUGGCUGCAUAUCAAUUGAAACGAUCAUGAUGUUGCAUUCUGACUGUCCAUUUCACUAUCUUUUAACACACAAGAAAAUAGCAAAACUGUUACUGGAACUUGAACCUGUUUUUACCACUGCUGUGUUGGUAAACUGCUUAAACUGUCCUGAUGAAAAGACUUGAUAAUUGUUUUUUCAUCUUAUAUCAAACUUAUUGUGAAACUAUUUAAAUAAUGAUCAUUUGUAGUUUAUUUUGUAUGCUUUUGUGUAACCAUUUCAUAUUUUUGAACUUUAUUUUCAUGCAAAUGUGUUAUUGUGUUAAGAUAAUCUUGUCUAGAUGA